GCGGGUCGCUUGGUUAGCAAGAAUUCCAGUUCGCUCCUGAAGGUGCUUGAUAGAAUAAAGCGACAAGGAUUGGAAAGUGUCAUCGCCAAUCUCCUCGGAUAAUGAAGCGACGUCCGUUGCGGCUCCGUGAGAAGAGAGCCUGUGAGAUGGAGGCCACAAAUGUCGUUGUAAGCCGUCAGAUUCGGUGGUAUGCUGGAAGCAAGAUCACCCGUGGCCUUCGGAUGAUUCAGCUUUCUGUCAUAAAAUCUGCAUAAUUUCUUCCAAAAGCUCAGGGCGUCGAUCAGCAUCUCAUGGUCAGUAGGAUUAUGCGUGAUGGAUUGACGGAAGCCGUCAGCCAGGAGAUGUUCCUCACACAGGGUAGAUGCUGGGUUGCAGUGCCGCCUUUUUCACACAGAAUUGAGCCUGAGGAAUGUGUACAUGUUGUCUUGAGGCGGGUUGGUUAGGUUUUGGCAGUGCCGCAGCCUUGCUCCUUGUGUCCAGCACAGCCAGCAGGCUUUCUGGAAUCUUCCCAGGCGCUGGCAUACAGUCAUCGCAAGCUCCAUCACUUGAGUGGGCAGAGGAGUCAUGCUGCCGUGCUGGAUGCAUUGCGAGACCAUUGUAGUCGCUUUUCACUUCGCAUCUUGCUGUUCGCACUCUUUUGUCACCGUCCCUGAGCAAAGGAAGUAAAAGGUCGCUCGCUGUCUGCGCCUCACCCCCGCGGCAUCCAUCCUUUACUAAUCCCGCUCACGUGGCUGGUGCGUGGCUUUGCGUCCGUGCAAUACGUCACUCCCAAUAAUCUUGCUUGCUCCAGAUCGUCACGAGAGGCAGACAUUCAGCUGCCACCGCGCGCAUCUUGCCAGACAUACGGAGAAUUGCAGCUGGACGUUCGACACGAUCCGUCCCCGUUGCGCCUUCAGAAAUUCAGCGCCCGCGCCUUUCCCGACGAAGCGACACAAAGGCCGGCAGCGACCAGCUCGUAGUUGCCGCUUACUGACAAAGCCACGCCGAACACAUCAUCAACGAGCACACGCGCACUCCUCGGCACCGCACACCUCGCCCACCACCUCUGCGACGACGCUACACCUGCGGAGCGGCAGCUCCUUUCCCGCCACCACCUAUUCCGCAUAUCCGUAAUCAUGUCCAGCAAUCAGCAACAACAGCAACCCCGCGAGCGAGAGUUCGUAUUCUGCCAUCAGUGCGAGAACGAGUGGUAUCGUGACGAGCAUGGCUUGGUAUGCCCGGAGUGUCAAGGCGAUUUCGUGGAAGUGAUAGAAGCGAACAAUGACCCUCGUGAGGACGCGCCCAAUCCAGGGCCAUUCGGCGCCUUUGCACCGGACCCAGACGAAGACGACAUCGAUGAUUUUCAGUGGCGCAACAAUGGCCCGGGGCAAUAUCAUGGCACUUUCCAGCGUAAUAUCACACUACAGCCCGGACAGCAGGCUCCAGGUGGGCAGGGCGCAGGACUGUUUGGAUUAAUAGGGCAGGCGUUGGGCCCCGCUCUCCAGGGAAUACUGGGCGGGCAGCAAGGACAGAAUCCGCAUCAGCAGCCCCAACAACAACCAGGUCAACAGAGAUCUCCUGGACCAGAAAGCCCUCGUGGAGAAGCGCCACAGUCACCACAAAUGGGCGGUAGCACGACCACGCGGCAUGGCUCCGGUCCCGGCUUCUCCUACACAAUCACCACAUCCACACGAAGUGGCUUCGGCCCGCGUGACGCGAACGCACCGCAGCCUUUGCAGGGUCAACCCGAACACAUCGAGCGUAUGAUGGCUCAGAUGUUCGCGAACAUUGGGGUUCCGAUGCACGGACAGCAUCCUCAUGGGCAACACCCUCAUCCUCACCAUCAAGCCGGAGGCAUCAUGUUCGGCAUGGCCCCACCCGGUAUGGGUGCGCCGAUGGGCGGACAGCAGAUGGGCGGACCUAUAGGCUUUGGUGGCCUCUUCCAUCUACUUGGUCUCCCACCUGGCGGUGUUGCCGGCGAUCACGUCUACACUCAGGAAGGGCUUGACAGGAUCAUCACACAACUAAUGGAGCAACACCAAGCUGGAAAUGCUCCCCCUCCCGCAUCGGAAGAAGCGAUCGAAUCUUUGCCCAGACGCAAAAUCACAGAGAAGGACUUUGGCGAUGGCGGCAAAGCUGAUUGCUCUAUCUGCAUGGACGAGGCCGAGUUGGGAUCCGAGGUAACUGAGCUGCCGUGCCAUCAUUGGUUUCAUCAUGACUGUAUCAAGGCCUGGCUUAUCGAACACGACACAUGCCCGCACUGUCGGCAAGGUAUCACGCCCAAAGAAGGCGAGAGUACUGGCAGCCGCCCUCGCGAGCCAGGUCAAGCUCCUCUGCACGACAUGCACAGUCCAGACUAUCAACGAGCACGCGUACCCGGUGAAUAUCCUUUUCCCCGCCAGGAUUCUUCUGGCGCCAGUGCGAGCGGAACCACGAACACGGCAGAGAACCGAAGAAGUGCAAGUCCUCGAGCGGAGCGCAGUGGUGGGAUGUUUUCACGCAUGCGGGAGGCCUUCUCGCCUCGCGAUCAGCCCGCUCCCGACCAGAGAGGCAACGUAGAAGGUGACAAGCAUUCUUGACCAUGAUAUUUUUGUGGCGUUUGGGAUCGAAUUGGAAACAGCGGUAACAUGCCGCUUUCUUGUAUAGCAUCUUGGCUCACGUUUUUGAUGCUUUAGAUGAUAGCGUUUCGAGAGCGGUAAGCGAUGGUACUACAGCGACGAGGCGCCAACGGUUUUCGGCGUUGAUAACCAGGACGACACGGCGAAUUCGUCUACGACGUAGGGAUACUUCUGAUUACGAGUAGGCUGUAUAGCCGUAGCUCAGGACUAUGGCAAUUGGUAUCACUUUGCAGCAUUAAUUCCCGCGAUUUCUUACCUUCCAUAUCAGGAAC